AUGAGCAAAAACUCCUCCUCUGUAGUUGAUUCAAAGGUUGGUAGCGAAAUUGAAUUCACAAUGUUGACCACUAACAAUUAUCAUGAUAAUUUUCCAACAACAAUAACUUCUCCGCAUCAUCAUCAACAUGUACAACAAUAUUAUCAACAGCAACCAACAGUGCUAACUCCAACACAGUUAGAUUGUGAGAGUUCUUGUACAUUACUUCCGUCUACAACCACACCCUUGUCGUCAUCUAUUGUUCAAUCUCCCUUGUCCACAACAUCCUCCCUAAAUUUAUUGGAUUGUAAUAGUAUUUCAUCCUUUACCUCCCCUUCCAAUCACCUUUUUUCAAAUAAUAGCAAUACUAGUAGUAGUAAUUUAGAUCCGAAAAUGAAUGAAACUUCUCAUUCACUACCCCCAACAAGUAAUAAUCAUUAUCCACAACAUCAUUUUCCAAACAUUCCUACCAAUAAUAGUACAACACUGGGAGGAGCAGGAGGAUUACAUAGCAUGGCAGACUGGGCUAAACUUCAUGAUGGAAGUAAAUCUACAUUGCCACCAUCCAUGUACACUCAACAAACUGCUCAUUCCUAUCCACCACCUCCAAAUCACCAGCAUCAUCAGCAACAACAUUCAAUGAUGCAUCCACAACAACAACAACAACCAGUUUUGCCACCUCACUAUCCUCUCUAUUAUCAUCAUCCAAACCAGACUACAAAUGGAGGUUUUUAUCAACCUCCUCAUCAUCAAGGAUACUUUCAACCUCCACCUCCUCGGGCAGAUCUUUCUCAUCAAUAUAUGAGUCAUUCCUAUCAACCACAACAUUCUACCGAUGCUACUCAGGCAAUGUUAGCAGCAACUCAACAACAACAAGAUGUUAGUAAUACUGAUGGAGGUAAUGGAAACAAAUCGAGUGGUUCCUCAACAUCUAGUGAAUCCUCAAGUGAUGAAAGUAUUCAACCACCUCCAAGCAAGAAGAAGCAAAAGUCCAAGAAAAAGAUAGCUGAAUCAUAUGAUGCUGCUUCAACUACUGCUCCUUAUUCACCAACGAAUACUACUUUCACAGAGACUGCUAUUGAUGAGCAAGGAGGUAAUUUCCAACUUGCUCAAAUUGCUUGUACCAAUUGUAGAUCAAGACACAAGAAAUGUAGUAGAGAAUUACCAGUUUGUAAUUAUUGUAAAAAGAUGGGAAAGGAUUGUGUUUAUUUGAAAAGUAGAAAAGGACAAGACCAACAAAAUAGAAAGAAAAAGAAGAAGAAAAAGGAUAAGGAAAGUGUACCACCAACAAAUCCAAUUACCACUGAGGUACCACAAACAAUUUGUCCACCACCCUCUACUACUAAUGUAAAUGUUGCUAUUCCUCCAACUACAAUACCAACAGCUUCUCCAGCAGUUCCUUCAAUUUCUAUGAACACGUCGUCAAACUUUUCGAAUCCAGUUACUCAUACUCCUCAUAGUGUUGUACAAUCCUCAUCUUCUGGAUCUUCGAAUCACAAUGAAAUGUCACCUCUGCCAUCAUCCCUUCAUGGCUCUUCCCCACUUUUAACACAUCAAUUUAAUCCAAUGGCAUAUUCUGAAAGAGAUUUUAAAGAUCCAAACUCAAUUUCAGUUAUGUUGUCAUCUUUUGUACACUCAAUCAAUUUCAGAUAUACUGCGCACAAACUCCUAGAUUUGUAUUAUAAAGAAUUGUGCGCAGGUUUCGCCUUGGUUGACAAGAGCUUGAUGGAAGGAUUAAUAGAACAAUUAAUGGGAAAUGAUGGUAAUUCUAAUGCAUCAAUGAUACUUAACCAUAUGCAAUUGGAUUCAACAACACAAGAUGGUUUGAUUUCAAUUUUAUAUUCGAUUCAAGCAUUAGCACUUCAACAAAGUGGUGACUAUGUUCUUAAGGGUGACUAUAGACAAAAACUUAUGGAGUACAUGCACAAUCUUGCUAAGGAAAAGAUUUCUAAAUAUUUUGAUAAUAUGGAUAAUAUUUAUAUUGCUGUAGCUUUGCACUAUUUGACUGACUAUGUUUGUGGUGAAGGAGACAUGAGAAAGACUUCUCUCUACUUGGCCAUGGUUAAACAAAUGAUUGGACUUCAUGGCUAUGGAGGACCAACAGAUCAACAAGUUGGAGCAACUCAAGCAAGCUAUUCAGCACAAGACAGUCCUUCACUUCCUAAAUUUUUGUUACGUAUUUUAGUUAGGUAUAAGGAAACAUUUUUAUCUGAUUACAUGUCAAAAGUUACUGGUAAACCAAGUAGUGCUACUAAAUUAUUCGGUAUUUUUGCCUCCAGAAUCAAGCUCGAUACCAGUUUCUUUGAUAAGGCUGAAAAGGGUCAAAUCAGUAGUCAAUAUUUGCCUCUUAUUGAAAAUGUGGUUAGAAUUGCACACACAUAUUAUAGUUUAUUAUUCGAAACCAUGUAUCAAGCACAAGGUGAUUUGUUCUGUUUAUUCUCAAAUGUUUUUAUUAGAGAAUUUUAUUUAGAUUUAUACAGUAAGGUGGAGAAUAUUCCUGCAGCAGUUUUGGUUUCUUAUGCAAAUGAAAUAAUUUCAUAUACCAAAACAGAAAAGUACAUUUUUGCUCCAUUUGUCAUUGCAAAUGGUAUUGCCAAAGCCGUUGCUGUUCGUUUAGAAUAUUGGAGACAAACAGGUGACACAUCUGUGGACUUUAAGGAUGACUUGAGAGCUCUUAAAGUUUUGUCAACACGUUAUGGUGUUGUUCAAAAGCUUUAUGGAGAUUUGAUAAAUCAAAUUGAGAAUGCAACACUUUUGCAAAGUAUGAACGAAACAAAUUCAUCAAGAUUAUUUGGUGCCAAUUUACCAGAUGCUUUCCAAAAUGUACAACAACAAAUGCCAACCCAGCCACAGCCACCACAACAACAAGUUAUGGUUAAUGAUCAUGAACACGAUGCAAUGCAACAAUUUGAUGAUUCAAUUUCAUUCUCUCCACUCAUGGAUCCUUUCAAUCCAAACAAUGGCAAUUUAUUGUCCAUGUUGUUCAAUGAAGUUGGUAAUGAAAGAUGUGAAUCAUUGAACGAAGAAUCAUACUUUAUGGAUGAUCCUCAAAUGGGCAGUUCAGAUGCUGCACAACAAGAUCGUGACCACAAUCCAUUCAUCAAGGGUUAUAGUCUUGUAAAGAUGAUGAUCAAACAACUUUCCAAGUUGAAAGAUGCUCUUCAUAUUUCAGAACCAAAGUAUAAAGAAGAGUCUCUUAAGAAAGCCAAGACAGAGCUGAUUGAAGAACUAAGCAAAGCUCUACCAAAUGACAUUGAAGCUAAAUUUAUUCUAGAAUUGACCAAGCAUCAACAUCCACACCAAAUUCACCCAUGUCAAUACUCUCACCUUGCUCUAUUGUUUGAAUAAGUGGAUGCUUUUUGUAAAUAUUUCUUGUAAAAGUUAACAUAUUUUAAUGU